CUCUCUCGUUCUUCUAUAAUUUCGCACUUUUAUUACUUGACACGGGUUUCGCCGAUAAACUGCAGCUCCUGAAGCAUUCGGUACCUAUCCAUGCUGUGUUUCUCUUAACAGUAAACCGAAAGCUAAUCCUUUCCGACGUUUUCCUUUGUCAGGCCAUGUGCUUUCUCUUUCUUUCUUACGCUUUUUUUUUAAUGUCCAUGUGACGUAGGUACGCGCGACCCCGUAAACCCGCUGAGACGCGCGCUCUAGGAGGGAAACGUUCGUACCCACGUGACUUGGACCGUCCAAUCACCGAGCAACUGCACCGACAGGCGCGUCCCCGAGAGUGACGGAGACAACCGGGAGAGGCGAUUCAAAUAAUAUUAAAAAGCCGUUUCUGUUUUCAAAUUAUUAGAACGUUUUGUGAAUUCGUGCUGACAUGUCCGAAGAAAAGCCAAAGGAAGGAGUGAAAAAUGAGAAUGACCACAUUAACCUGAAGGUGGCGGGGCAAGAUGGAUCCGUUGUCCAGUUUAAAAUUAAAAGACACACUCCACUCAGCAAGCUCAUGAAAGCGUACUGUGAAAGACAGGGGUUGUCAAUGAGACAGAUUAGAUUCAGAUUUGAUGGUCAACCAAUCAAUGAAACGGAUACACCCUCUCAGCUGGAGAUGGAAGAUGAAGACACUAUUGACGUUUUCCAGCAGCAGACUGGAGGUGCAUGUUAAAACUUCUCCUUGCUCACUAGGAACAGCGGACCUUGAUCAGAUGUACAUCACUUUGCUGUGUCUUGCGUUUUUCAGAGAUUCUUUCGAAGUUUAAAUUCAAUUCAUUUAUAAGGCAUUUGCUGAGGGUUUUUUUUGUUUUGUUUUUUAAAAUCCCCAAGUGCACCCGUGGGUACCAGGUUUGUGGCAGAUUAGAACUUGACUGUUUGACAGUUGACCUAUUUUUUAAGGGGUUCAAGAGAAGUCUUGAAUCAUACCAACAAAGGUUUUUGUUGUGGUCACCACAAGGCCUUGGGGUAAAUGAUGCUUUGAACAGUCAUCAUACGUGCACAAAAUGUAUUUAUAAGGUACAUAAAAGUAUGAAUUUGUUUCCCCUUUGUGGAAUUAAAUGCGGCUCCCCUUAAGUCCAUUGUUGUUUUUUAAGCUAUCCUCGCUCUUCUGACAAUUAAUUGUAUGUUGUAGCAAUAUGCCACUUUUACAUCUGACUGCAGUGGAUUUUUUUUAAAACUACGUUUCUAUUCUACCUUUUUUUUCCUUUUCCCUUUAUCCUAAUCUUACAGUUCUAAUUGUUAUCAGAAUUAUGUUAUCUUUUCUUGUUGCAUCAGUUUGACUGGAGUUAGCAAAUAUUGUAAAAUGCUGAAAGCUUUUAGUAUAAAAAAUGGCUAAAAACAUGUAUGAAUUGUAAUCUCUGAUUAAGACUAUUUUUCAGGGGUGUGCCCUUAAUCUAGAGAUGCAUAGUAAUUUAAAUGUUACUAUUCACAAAUUGGACAUGGUAAAUACAGUGAGUUGCAAAAUCUAGUUUCUUUAUAGGCCUCACUUUAUUUAAGAAAAAGGUUUCUGUAGAAAAUUAGUUCCUGUGUGUGUGUCUUCUCUUUCUCAGUCUGUUUUGUUUUUUUUCUCUCAGUGACCAGCCGAAAGUAUAACAUAGAACUCCUUUUUCCCUCCUUCUUUUCUUCCUUUAUCUUAACAGGGCAUUUAUUUCUAUUAUGAAAACAGUUUCAGAAGGUGUUUUACCACCAACUUUGAAUCUUUGUUUUUAUAAAUAUGGAAAUCAUUUUCUCUCUUUUUUUCAGUUUGCUUUCUCAUUUUACAUUGUGGGGGGGUGGGGGGGGGGUUGAAUGUUCCACUGAUCCUGCCAUGUAUCUCUACUGAUUUGUAUAUUAUUUGUUGUCCUUUACUACUGUAUACAAUAAAUAUAGUUUGGUACUCAGAA